AUGUGUGGUUUUGUGUAUAGAAGGCUAGCAUAUGCACAAGUUUUACCAAAUAUUUAUAGGUGUGUCGUCCAAAAUUUAGGCACUAAUCAUGUCGAUUUGUGUUUGGGUUUGUUACCCAGUAGCAUUAGAUCAUUCUCAACCAAUAUAGAACAAGUUAAAAAGGACCACUCAUUUACUGCGUCAUACCUCAUAAAUUCAUGUGGGUUGUCCCCAGAAAUAGCAAAAUCUGUCUCCGAAAGAAUCAAGCUUCAAUCUGCUGAACAACCAGAUUCGGUCCUGAAAGUUCUAAGAAACUAUGGAUUAACAGCUGCCCAUAUAACCAAACUUGUUAAAAGGCGCCCUAGUUUACUUUUAACCAAUCCUGAGAGGUCAAUUUUGCCUAAAUUUGAGUUUUUCAAAUCUUUGGGGAUCACAGAUGCUGAGCUUGCGAGUGUUUGCUCUUCUACUCCAGCUAUUUUGGGUCACAGUUUGGAGAACCUACUCAUUCCUAACUAUAAAUUCCUCAAAAGUGUGCUCCUCUCUGAUGCAAAUGUUAUUAAAUCGUUUAGAAAAAAAUCAGGGAUCUUUCAGCAAGAUUUGGCAAAGAAUGUGUCUCCGAAACUUACAGUCCUGAGAGAACUUGGAAUGCCCGAGCGUUUUAUUGCACUGAUUUUAACAUGUUAUGCCCCUAUAGUCUUCCAAAAAUGUGAGAAGUUUGACAAAAAUGUCAAGAAGGUUAUUGAAAUGGGUUUUGAUCCUCAGAAAUGUGGGUUCAUCCAUGCGAUGCAAGCGUUUGCAGCAAUGAGUCAAUCAACUUGGGAACGGAAAUUGAACGUUUUCAGGGGGUGGAGAUGGUCUGAUGAGGACAUUAUGUUGGUGUUCAGAAAAUGCCCCAACUGUAUGAUUGCCUCUGAAAGCAAAAUAAUGAAUGCAAUGGAUUUUCUUGUGAACAAGAUGCGUUGGCAGUCCACAGAUAUUGCCUUGUAUCCAGAAGUUUUCCUUAUGAGUUUGGAAAAGAGAGUAAUCCCAAGGUGUUUGGUUAUUAAAGUUCUGCAAUCGAAGGGGUUGCUGAAGAAAAAAUGGAGCCUAAGUACAUGUGUAAGACCUGUUGAGAAGCUAUUCUUGGAUAGGUUUGUGACAAAAUACUUGGACCAGGUUCCUGAACUGAUGAAUAUCUAUCAAAGGAAGGAAGGCUUUCAGUUUCAGGAUCUGGAGAUCUAUGUUUCUUCCAGAACACUAUAG